AUGCUUUGGAUCAUUUUUCUAUUUAAUAUUACAUUUGAGCAAAGUCUUUUCUAUUCCGCUUAUACUGACUCUACAUUGUCAAUUUAAGAUAGUAAUAAUACAUUUAAAUUAGAUUGGUAAUUUUUUGGAAAUACUACUACCAAUAUAAUUUCAACUUGUGGAUCUUCUAGUAUUAUAGGAGGAUACAAUUUAUUCUCUAAUGGUGUUGCAGCUACACUUUUUAUUGAUCUACAACCUCAUUAUAAAAUGAAAAUUUCCUUCUCAUUAUUUAUGUAUAUUCUACUCUUAGUAAUAGUAUAGAUACAUGGGAUAAUGAAUAUUUCUAUUUAUAUGCAGAUUAAGAUCUAGUCUUUACUUAAAAAUAUAGUAAUAACAAUGGAUAAGAUGAAAUAUGUGGAUAACCAGGGUCUAAUAGAAAGGACUAGAUCCAUCAAAUUGAAAUUGAAUUUGAUCACACAGGAUUGACUAGCUUCAUCUAAUUAACAUCAAAUUUAAAUGAUAGUGCUCAUGAUGUAAAGUAUAUGUUUUAUUUAAGGAAUCAUGGGGUUUUAGGAAUUUCAGAAUUUACAUUUAUGAAUGUCCGCCUUAAUGUUAUGUUUGUUCAAAAGUUGAUUAGUAACUUUAGUGCGAAAAAUGGAUUAGAGCUUAUUCAAUAUUUACAUAAUUAUUAGAAAAUGAAUUCUAAGAAAAUACUCUAAUUUCAGUUAUUAAUGGAGCAACAACUAAAUAAUUAUGUUCUUGUAAAAUUUUAUUUCAAUAUAGAAAUUCCAAUGAUGUGUGGUUAUGGUGUUUGUGGGAGGGAUACUAUAAUAUAAAUGAAUAAUUUAUAGCUUCCAUUUCAUACAAGAAUUAAAAUUAAACUUAAGUAUUUGAUAAUAGAUAGUUGGGAAUCCACUGAUUAUGCUUAAAUUCUAGUAGAUGGAGUUCUUCGAUGGACUUCUGAAUUAUCAUUAACUAAUUAAAAUCUAUAUAGAGUUUGUGGAGGAGGUUCUAAUGAUAUUUUUGUAAAUUUGGAACUUACAUUCCCUCACAUAUAAACUAGUACAACAAUUCAAAUUUUAAAUACAUUGAAUUAGGAUUUUUCAGAUGAAUCUUUUGGUAUAAGAGAUUUAACAAUAUAUACUUGUAAUAUUUUAAUAAUUUAAGUAGAAUAAUCAAAUUGUGGGGAUUAAAUCAUAUAGGAAAAUGAAGAAUGUGAUGAUGGUAAUUUGGUUCCGUUUGAUGGUUGUUUUAGUUGUUUAUAUUCUUGUGUUGAUGGAUGUGAGAUAUGUGAGAAAGGUAAUUGCUUACGUUGUGGUUAAGGUUGGAUUCUUUAGAGAUAAAUAUAAAAAUGUUAAAGAAUUGAUAGUAAAAAUUUCAUUUGAUAUUAGUUCCAAUAAUUUAGUUUAAGCUUAAAGAAGAUAAAUGUAAUGAUAAAUAAAAUGAUAUUUAAAUGAAUUAAAUUAGGAGAGAUUGUGAAACAAUGGAUUAUUCAAGUUUAGUUGUCUGUGAAGAAGAUAUAUUAAAUAAAUGUUAACCAUAAUGUAAGAUUUGUAUUUAAAGUGUUUGUUAUUAAUGUUAAGUAGGAUAGAAUUUAAUAAUGGGAUAAUGUUAUGAACUAUUAAAAAAUUCUAUUUAAUUAGAAGAUUUAUCAAAAUAAGAGUUUAUAUGUGAUUUUAAUUGUGAAGAUUGUAGAAAUGGUAUAUGUUAUCAAUGUUACGAAAAAUUUUAAAUAUUAGAUAAUCAAUGUGUAGGUAUUUGUGGAGAUUAAAUUAUACAAUUAAAUGAAGAAUGUGAUGAUGGUAAUAAUGUAGAAUUUGAUGGUUGUUUUUGUUGUAGAUAUUCAUGUCCUUAAGAUUGUAGUUUUUGUUAAAAUGGAAUUUGUAUAGAUAAAUGUUAAUAAGGCUAUUAUUUUAUUGAUAAUUCUUGUUAAACUAUAUGUGGAGAUUCUAUCAUAGUUGGAUUUGAAUAAUGUGAAGAUGAAAAUAAUAUUUAAUAUGAUGGAUGUUAUCAAUGUAGAUAUUCUUGUCCUUUAUUUUGUAAUGAUUGUUUAAAUGGAUAUUGUUAUAAUUGUGAUUAAGGUUUUAUUCUCUCUUCAAAUAUUUGUAUAGGUGUUUGUGGUGAUGGAUUACUUUCCAUUUAAGAGUAAUGUGAUGAUGGUAAUCAAAUUGAUGGUGAUGGUUGUUCAAAAAAAUGUUAAUUAGAAACUAAUUGGAUUUGUAAUAAAAAUGGAGAUUGUGCAUAUGUUGAGUAUCCAAUUCCCAUUAUUGAAUAUUAUAAAUAAGAAAAUUAAUUUUAAUAUGUCAAAAUGACAUUCAGUUAAUUAGUUUAAUAGAAUUUAAAUUUGCAGUAUAAGGAUACAAUCUAAUUAAGAAUUCUUGAUUUGAAUUAAAAUCUUUUUAAUAUUAUUAUUUUAGAAACUCAACCUGCAUAAUUUCAGAUUUUAUAGAGAGUAGAAUAUAUAUUCUAAAUUGAAAUUAUGUCUAAUCAAUAAAAUCAUCCAAUAUUAGAAGUGCUAUUAACUGAAUAACUAUAUAAUGAGAAUCUAGCACCAUUACUUUAUUUACUAGAUAAUUUUUAAUUAAAUUAACCUAAUCAUAUCAGUGAAGAAGAAAUAAUAACAUCAAAAACAUUUUAAAACAUUAAUGAAUAUUCAGUUAAUUCAUUAUUUGCAAUUUAAGGAAUCUUAUUUCUUCUAUUAGGUAAUUUUUUUUCUUUUUGGGUUAUUUUGGAUGCUCUUUAGUAACAAUCUUAUCUUAAAUAUAUCAAUGUAUAAUAUCCUUAAACAUUAAUAAUCUACUUUGAAUCAAGUGAUGCUGUAUCAAUGUAAUCAAUUUUGAACAAACUUCCAAGAUUUAAAUAUAAUUCAACUUUACUAAAAUUUCCUUUUUAAAAGUCUUAUGGAAAAUUUGAGUAUUACAAUAUUAAUGCUAAUAUCAUGGAAGGCUUAAUUCUAGAAGUAUUGAUCUUUGGUUCAUUACUUAUUGGUUACUUAAGUACUUUAUUUACUAUUAACAUACUAAAAUAUCUUGAAAUAAAUUUAUUUCUCUAAUAAUGGCCAAAAUUUAUUUUAUUUAUAUAAAAAUUAAAAAGAAAACUGCAUUCUAAAUUGAAACUAUUUGAUGAUAACUCAAUUAAAAGAACUUUAUUAGCUUGUAGUUGGGAUCUUAUUUUUAUAGCUUUUUUAGAGUUACAAGUCUAACAUGAUUUUGAAUCAUCAAGAGCAUAUAUUCGUUUAACAAUUGCUCUUGUAAUAUUAAUGAUAAUAAUUUUGGUCAUCUUAUAAUAAAUACAUGGACUUAGAUCUUGGUAAAAAUAAAAUUUUAUUUAAUUUUGGGAGCAACAAAAGGAAAUGUUUAAUCUUAUCAAGAAAAUUCUUAGUCUUUAUAUAAUAAUUUAUAAUUAAUAAAAUUAAAUACUUUAAACUUUAGUAUUAACUUUGAUUAACACAUUCUACUUGUUCUUUAUUAUAUAUUGUUAAUCAAAAAAUGGAUUUUAAGAAUAUAUCAAAAAUAUAAUAACAGAAAUUUCACUAAUUAUUUUUACAGCUUCAACUUCUUUGAAUUGGAAUAUUGUAUCUAGUUACUUUUCUUAUUAAUAAAGAAUUACAAUUAGUUGGGUUUAGAUGUCAGUUUUAGUAAGUGUGCUUGUUAUAUUUUUAUUUAUUGAGAUCUAUAAUCUAAUAUCAAUAAUAAUAUAAACAGUUAAUAAAAUCAUCUCUUUCAAUAGAAAUCAGUCUAACUAAAGUAAACUAAAUGAAUUGUAAAAUUUAAAUUAAGUUAAAGUGAAUCCCAUUAAAAAAUAGUCGAAUUUAAAUAAAGUGUAAAAUUAAUAACAACCAGUCAUCAAUUAGAGAAUGUUUAUUGUCUGUCAAUGA